GAAGGUGUUUCUUUAGUUUCGUUUCGAGGUGGUUCCCCUUGUAAUAAUAAUUCACAGCAGAAGCAACCCUAACUUUACUUCUCUUUCUUCCCCCUCCCACCGCAAUCUCACGAUGGAGUUCUCUACCGCCGACCUUGAAAGGCUUCUGAUGUUUGAGCACGCUCGCAAAGCGUGUGAGGCUCAGUACGCUAAGGAUUCUCACGAUUCCGAGAAUUUGCUGCAGUGGGGUGGAGCAUUGCUUGAACUUGCUCAGUUCCAGACUGUUCCUGAUGCAAAGUUGAUGUUAGAUGAUGCUAUAUCCAAGUUGGAAGAGGUGUUGACAAUAAAUCCAGGGAAGCAUCAGGCUUUUUGGUGUCUUGGCAACGCCUACACUGCCCACGCCUUUCUGACACCAGACACUGAUGAAGCCAAAGUUCUCUUUGAUAAAGCCGCUGAUUAUUUCCAAAAAGCUGAAAAUGAGGAUCCAGGUAAUGAGAUGUACCUCAAGUCCUUGGAAGUUACAGCAAGGGCACCGGCGCUACAUAUGAACAUACAUGAGAAUGGGAUGAUGAUGCAGCAGUCACUAGGUGGAGGUGGAGGUGGUGGUGGUGGAGGAGGAGGUCCCGCUGCUUCAUCAAAUGCUAGUGGUCUUAAGAAGAAUAAGAAGAAGAACAAUGACUUCACAUACGAUGUAUGUGGUUGGAUAAUUCUGGCCUUUGGGAUUGUUGCUUGGGUUGGCAUGGCGAAAUCCCUUGGCCCUCCACCUCCUGCUAGAUGA